AUGCACAUCUUCCCGGCGCUUUCUCUCCGCAUCUUUGCAGCGGCACAGCUCCAUCCGGAUCUUUGGAUUAUGGACAACGAGCCGCUGAUAGACUGGGGAUUCAAUACCACCCUCAACCUGGGGCAGCUCCGCGAGGAACUACAUGGUCUAUCACUGAUCCACGGCUGGGGCUCUGCAGAAAUGGGCCGACGAGGUGGACGACCCAGCUUCACCUGGGACCGCAUACUGCUGUACUACAAGCUACAAGAAGUCCACCCACUACACGCCUCCAACCUGGCUCUGUACUUCAACGUCUCCUAUACCCAAACCCCGGACGCCUUUCAUCUCCCCAGAGGCCCUCUCCAGGUGUCCUUUAGCAACGCCGUCUUCUGCCACCUGGAUUCGUCACGCUUGAUGGCUGUCGGCAUGUGCGAAAUCGACGGCUUCAACAGCGGCAAGCUGCUAGGCUGCGCGUUUGGCACCCAGACAAUCAAGCCAGAGAAUGCCGAUCGCGCAGAAGAUCCUAGUCGACGACAACAAGGUGACCAUCGGCAUACAGGUCGCCACGGCCCUCACCUUCAGCACUCACCCGGUGGAUUUUACCCUCCACGCUCGCAAGGAGGUGACCCUAUCCAUCGGGGCCUUCCUACCCCCCGGCUGUUGAUGGUGUCGGGAAUCGGCUGUUGUGACGAGCUGGCCGAGUUCGACAUCCCUUGCAUCGGCGACUUACCGGGCGUGGGCAAGAACCUGCAAGACCCCGUCAUGUUCGGCACCUCGCACCGAAUACACCUGGAGACCGCGUCCACCCCGGCCAACAACCAGACUGCUGCCGCGCUCAACAUGACAGUACCUUCAGACCGCGUGAGGACCGCUGUCCCUGGCGAGUGCAAAACUACUAUGGAUGGAAGAAUCUGCCGGAACCCUACCGCUCGCAGCUGUCCCAGCCGGCCCGGGACGCGCUGUGGGACUUCCCAGACCACUGGCCGGAGAUCAAAUGGCUGCCAUAAAUGGGUCCAGCAAAGCCACCUUCAGGGGCAUAGAUCCGAUGGAUGGCCACAACUGGGCUUCCAUCACCGUCGUUGCGCUGUUAUCUGGCGGCAUCAUCUCCCUGGCCAGUCUGACAUGAACACCCUUCUCUGGGUGGAUCCGCAGUGGCUGAUAGAUCCGACGAACCUGGAACUGGGGGCAAGUUUCAAGCGCAUCCAGUGCUAUCCCGACAGGAAUGUCUGCACCAACGAGCAAAUCCGCCAGUUCAUCGUCGACAGCCAGGCCCGGGUCUAUGGCGUAGAGAGCCUGCGCGUAGUGGGUACCAACAUCUUCCCGUUCCUGGUCCCUGGACAUCCGCAGGUGACGUUCUAUGCUCUGGCGAAGAUCGUGGAUGCAAUACUAGAAUAG